UGAGUAGGAGGGAAUAGUAGUUAGCCAGCUACGUCGGUUGGCAGAGGAACUGCGCGCAUACCAGAUAUCUAGCAAGCCGAGCUGGAGACGUGUUCCUCAUUUUGCAGUGGAGCUGCACGGGGGGAAAAGUUAGCCGAAAAUUUACGAACAUGGCAAUCCGAAAAAAGAACAAUAAGAACCCGCCUGUCCUCAGCCAUGAGUUUGUCAUCCAGAAUCACGCAGAUAUUGUAUCAUGUGUUGCUAUGGUGUUUCUUCUCGGGCUGAUGUUUGAGGUCACUUCAAAAGUUGCGGUUUUGUUCAUCACAGUCCAGUAUAAUGUCACCAUCUCCGCAAAUGAGGGCCCAGAUGAGACACCUGUGAACUACUUCCAUCAUGGACUGAAGGACCUGGCGACUGUGUUUUUCUACAUGCUGGUGGCCAUUAUCAUGCAUGCCAUCAUACAGGAGUAUGUGCUUGAUAAAAUCAACAGGAAGAUGCACUUCUCCAAGACCAAACACAGCAAGUUCAAUGAAUCUGGUCAGCUCAGUGCCUUCUACCUCUUCUCAUGUGGGUGGGGAGCAAGUAUACUGCUGUCAGAAAACUUUGUGUCCAAUCCUGUCAGCCUAUGGGAAGGCUACCCUCAUACCUUAAUGUCGUUUCAGAUGAAGUUUUUCUACAUCUGCCAGCUGGGUUAUUGGCUACAUGCUCUGCCUGAGCUGUACUUUCAGAAGACCAAGAAAGAAGACAUCCCACGUCAGCUGGUGUACAUCAGCCUGUACCUCGUCCACAUCGCAGGAGCCUACAUCUUAAACCUUAAUCGCCUGGGUCUGGUCCUGCUGGUGCUGCAUUACUUCGUGGAGCUGCUCUUCCACAUCUCCCGCCUGGUCUACUUCAGCAACGACAGCCGGCAAAGCGGGUUCACGGUGUGGGCCAUCCUCUUUGUCCUUGGCCGGUUGCUCACCCUGUCCUUGUCUGUCCUCACCGUGGGCUUCGGCCUUGCGGGGGCCGAACAGCAAGGUCUGGAUCUGGCCGCAGGAAACUUUAACGUGCUGUUUGUUAGGAUCACUGUGCUGAAUACCAUCUGUGUGACCCAGGUUUUCAUGAUGUGGAAAUUCAUCAACUUCCAGCUGCGCAGGUGGCGAGAGCAUGCACAGGCCCAGAGCCUGAAGAAGAAACCUGCCCCUGUUAAAAGCAAGUCUAAGAAAGACAAAGCUAACGGAGUGAAUGGAGCACUGAGCUCCAAUGGAGCUGACUCGCCAAGAGCAAGGAAAGAGAAGUCGUCUUAAUCUGCCCUCGACCCCUUCUCCAGAACCACAGCCAGCCUUGUCAUUCCAUAGCUCAUCCACUUUGUUUGUCUGCAACUCUUGUAACAACUGCAAGGACCCAAACUCAUUCGGCUUUCUUUAUUUUUUGUUGAACACCAAUCUGUGACUCUGAAAUCAUGACAAAAACUGUGCCAUUGUAGAAAAUUGAGUAGAAGUGUAUUUAAAAGUGCCUAACAAUACAUAUGCUGUACUUGUACGGAUGCUGAAGACUUAAUCUUUCAGGAAUAAUAUUGUUAAAAUUCAGUGUUUUAAAUCUAUUUCAGAUCAUGUGUGAUGCCAUGCUUUUUCUCAAGUUCAGUGGAUACUUUUUUCCACCCUGUUAUAUAUUUGUUGCCCUUAAUAGAAAGCGGGAGUAUCCAGUAACCAUUUUGCUCAAAUGUAUAAUAUUAAUGCUCUCCAGGGACCAUUGUUUCAACUUUAUUAUAACAUCUUCCUUUUACUCAACACUCAGACAUCAUAUAUGUAUUGUUUUGAAAAUUGUUAAAUCAGUGACUAGAA